CCGCGCCGCGCCCGCGCCGCCGCCGCUGCUGCUCGUGCUGCGGGCCGCCUGCGACAACUCGCUGCACACGGUGUUCGACGAGGCGCGACUGCUCACCUAUGCCCCGGUGCGAGCUCUCUAUAACCGCCGAUCGGUGCGACUUCUGACCUACGAAGAGACGUGCGGAGCCGACUGGAGGGUGUCGGUGACGAUGGGCGCCCUCGGCGUGCUGAGCGAGGGCGGGUCGGUGGUGAGCGUGGGCAGGCCGGGCGCGGCGGUGUGCGGCGCGCUGGUGGCGGCGGCGCGCGCGCUGCGCAGGCGGCGGCCGGCGGCGUGCGCGGCGGGCGAGGCUCGCGCGGCGGCUGUGGCCCGCCUGGCCGCGCGCCUGGGCUGGCGCCGCGCCCUACUGCCUCCCUCGCCGCCGCGCUCCGAGUGCGCCGCCGCGCUGCAGCUGCUCGCCCUCGCGCUCUCCGCCGCCCACUUGGAAGUGCGCCACGAGCCGAUUUCAUCUGAAGAAUUGACUAGCAAACCUGACGUUGUGAUCCUGUGUGCCUCUCGGCGUUCUGACGCGGCGGGAGCAGCGGUCGCGGCCGACGACGCCGGGAGUGCGGGGCCGCUGGCGUUGCUUCUGCAUGUGGAAGAGUGCGAUCCCGUGCCUCUUUCUACGUUUAACAAUGAAACACAUAACGCUUUGCGAUUAAGCAAUAUCAGUUUAGUUGUAGGUGAAUCCUAUGUGAGAUAUAAAAAAAAUUCGUCCUCUGAAAAUUUUGCUGCAGACAAACGUUUAUCUGCGAAUACUCAAUGGAAUAACGAUGACGCCGUUCUUAUUAAAAAUAAUGUCGAAAAUAUGGAAUCCGUUAAACAAGAACCUAAACAUGAUCUAAAUAGAGGACUGCAAACAAAAUCAUCAAACCAGCGCAGCGCCAGUAUAGCCGACGGCGACGACGACGCUACGAGCCAGUCAGCUCGCCGCCGGGAAGUUCUGCGCUCCGGCGCACGGACUGAUCGCAUUGACUCAUUGUUACCACAAACAGAAACCACAUUUUUUCAACGGUUACUACUUCUCACAGAUGAGCUCCUUGGAAAACCGCAGGACACGGACGAUCUGGGAAUAUAUGACAAAAUACUGAAAACCGUUGAAACAGAAUUUGAGGUGGAAAACUCAACAUUAGACAUCAAUAAAAUAGAUUUCCACCUGUAUGAAAGAUCUAACGGUUCAUCCGGCUUGUGGAAGCCCGCAGCCGUGCUCAGCACCACAUCCACCAGGUCACUGGAGUUAUCCGACGAGUGGGUGACGACCGUGGAGCUGGUGAACGUGACGGUCCCGCUGGACAGGUGGAGCGCGGCGGGCUCGGCGCGCGCGGCGCCCGGCGCCCCGCCCAGCAGCGCCGCCGCGCUGUCCGCCGUGGCGGCGUGCGGCGCGCUGGCGCUGGCCACCAGCACGGCGCUCCUGCUGCGCUGGGUGGCUACGAGGCGCCGCCGACGCCGACGACGUCGCGACGCCGUGCUUGCUCCAGCUGAUUUCACUUUCCCGGUGGAUGAGCGACGGCGCGUCGGAGAGGGCAUGGAGACAAUGCUAUCUUGCUGGCUGCAGCAACUGCACGAGUUCGGCGGGCCCGAGCUGGAGCGACCCGACCUACUGAAGCAGCCUCCCUGCGUGGCUCCCCGCGCGCCCUCCGCGCCCUCUUCCACGUGUAGCGUCAACCGAGUAACGGUUGACCGGCGCAUCCGUUACAAGGGCGACGUCGUGCAUAUGAAAUAUCUGCCGGCAACAGCAGGUCUCGAGCUCAAGCGCAAAGCAACCGAUGUUUUGCUUGUUAUGCAAAAUUUGCGACAUGAAAAUUUAAAUCCCUUUAUUGGGUGUCUGUGCGACCUGCGGCCGGCCUUGGUGUUUGAUAACUGCUGGCGAGGCUCGCUAGAGGACGUGUUGAUGGCGGACGACAUCAAGCUGGACUGGACGUUCCGCUUGUCGCUGCUGACAGACCUGGUGAAGGGCAUGCGCUACCUGCACGCGUCGCCGCUGCGCGUGCACGGGCGCCUGUCGUCCCGCAACUGCGUGGUGGACUCGCGCUGGGUGCUGCGCGUCACGGACUACGGACUGCCGGCGCUCUUUCAUGCACAGGGGCUGCCCCAUCCACACCGCGCCGCUAGAGGUUUUCCAAGGCAGAGCAGCACAAGGAGGAUAAAAGGACACCGAAAAAUUUCAGGCCGGAUCCGCCUGAAAACCAGACCGCAGGAUAAAGAGGACGCUGCCAAGGCCCCCGCAAAAAUCCCCGGCCCGCUACGACAACAGAGUCGAGAGUUAUGGGCGUUUGAAAAUAGCCAAUAUGGCCGCCCAGCUGUCAAACGCUGUCUUUAGACAGCUAUAUCUCGUCAACCGUUGGCCGCAGAGAGACGCGGUUUCCACAGGUGAUCCUAGCUUGACCUCCCUAGCCCGACUCUAUAGUUUUCAGGCCUGAAAAAUCUCGACCCCUGAAAUUUCCUGAAACUAUGCCGAUCUUAUAACUAAUAAUAAUACACUUAUAGUGCAAAAAAUCCGGAGUUUCUAAGUCCAAGGACUACCGUUUUAUAGUUCAUCAAAGUUUCCAGACUAAAAAUCUGAAAAAGUCUAAAUUUCUAUUUUCGCCGUUUUAAGCGCUAUCUGGCCGGUCUUUGGGCUUAGUCCGGAUGAAAACCCUAUGUUAGACACUAAGGAGGUGAAAAAAAAAUUUUAUUUUAAUUAAUUUUCAAUUAAUUAUA